ACAAAAGGUUUACUUAAUUAAUUUCUUUCUACCCUUUAUUUAAUUAUCAUCAGCCACUCCUGAAACUAUCUUCUCCAGAUUCGUUGGUGUUCACAGAGAAACAAAAAUGGCUAAUGUUGAAAGAUCAUCUCUUGUUGAUUCAAGAAGUGGUUUCUGCAAAGAAAACUCUACAUUCUAUAGCAAACGCAACCCCAUUAGUCUCCCGGCGAGUCCAUCGCUCCACGUCACAACAUUCAUCUCUUGUCAGACCCACAGUGGCACCACCGCCUUCAUAGACGCUGCCACUGGCCAACGGUUAAGCUUCUCCGAUCUCUGGAGGGCCGUUGACCGUGUCGCGGAGUGUCUCCACCGCGAUGUGGGAUUACGUAGAGGCGACGUCAUCCUCAUCCUCUCCCCAAACUCAUUUUACAUCCCCAUCGUAUGCCUCGCCGUCAUGUCUCUCGGCGCCGUCGUCACCACCGCGAACACUCUCAGCACCGUCGGUGAGAUAUCGAAGCAAAUCGCCGAUAGCAACCCGACACUGGCCUUCACGACGGUUCAGCUGGCACACAAACUCCCCGCCGGCAUCUCCAUCGUCCUCACCGAGGAGGAGCACGUGGAGCCGAGUCGUGUAGUCAGAGUCGUUGGUGUUUUGUCUGAGAUGAUGAAGAAGGAACCAAGUGGGCAGCGAGUCAGAGACCGAGUCAACCAGGAGGAUACGGCGGUGAUGCUUUACUCCUCCGGUACCACAGGAGCGAGCAAAGGUGUUAUCUCCUCUCACCGGAACUUAACGUCCUACGUGGCGAAAAUGGUCGCGAAGGAAUCGCUGGAAGACAAGAUUCUGAUCUGCACCGUUCCAAUGUUCCACACAUUCGGAUUACUCAUGUUCGCUAUGGCCACCGUAGCUCUCGGUUCGACGGUGGUGAUCCUCCGGAGAUUCGAUCUCAGCGACAUGUUGGCCGCGGUGGAGAAGUACAGAGCCACGGCUCUUAUUCUGGCGCCGCCGGUUUUGGUGGUUAUGACCAACGAAGGAGAUAUAAUCAAGGCGAAGUAUGAUCUGAGCUCCCUGAAAAAGGUGACGUGUGGUGGAGCGCCGUUGAGCAAGGAGGUAACGGAGGGGUUCUUGAAGAUAUAUCCGACGGUGCAUGUACUUCAGGCGUAUGCGUUGACGGAAUCAAACGGUGGAGGAGCUUAUAUGGAUAUGGUGGACAGCCGGAGGUAUGGUACGGUGGGGACGUUGACGCCUGAUGUUGAGGCGAGGGUCGUGGAUCCGAAUACGGGUCGGUUUAUGGGAACUAACCAAACAGGCGAACUGUGGCUCAAGGGCCCGUCCAUUUCAAAAGGUUAUUUCAAAAACCAAGAAGCUACAAGUGAAACUUUCAAUCUAGAAGGAUGGCUAAAAACUGGAGAUCUUUGCUAUAUCGAUGACGAAGGGUUUCUUUAUGUCGUGGAUCGACUGAAAGAACUGAUCAAAUACAAAGGCUAUCAGGUGGCUCCCGCUGAACUAGAAGCUCUCCUGAUCACUCAUCCAGACAUUCUUGAUGCCGCCGUUAUUCCGUUUCCUGAUAAAGAAGCAGGACAAUAUCCAAUGGCCUACGUGACACGAACGCUUGGGAGCAAUCUCUCUGAGAAACAAGUUAUUGACUUCAUCUCUAAACAGGUGGCACCGUAUAAGAAAAUAAGAAAGGUCGCAUUUAUAAACUCCAUACCAAAGACAGCAUCCGGCAAAAUACUUCGCAAAGAUCUAAUCAAGCUGCCCAGUUCUAAGCUUUGAAAUGAUCUAUUUGCUAGAUUCUCACUAUUACUGAUUUUCUGUUUUAAAUAAGAGAGAGGGUUUGUAAUAAUGUUGAAUAAUUUAAAUAGGAGACUCAUAUAAAUGGUGAGGCAAUGUGGUAGAUUCUCUACCUUGUCAUGAUAUAUAUUUGAAACAUUCACAGAUAAAAAAAAUGAUACAA